AUGGCCGUGCCGCCGCUCCGCCGGGCGCUGCUGCUGUGGCAGCUGCUGGCGGCGGGCGGCGCGGCGCUGGAGAUCGGCCGCUUCGACCCGGAGCGCGGGCGCGGGCCGGCGCCGUGCCAGGCGGUGGAGAUCCCCAUGUGCCGCGGCAUCGGCUACAACCUGACCCGCAUGCCCAACCUGCUGGGCCACACGUCGCAGGGCGAGGCGGCCGCCGAGCUGGCCGAGUUCGCGCCUCUCGUGCAGUACGGCUGCCACAGCCACCUGCGCUUCUUCCUGUGCUCGCUCUACGCGCCCAUGUGCACCGACCAGGUCUCGACGCCCAUCCCCGCUUGCCGGCCCAUGUGCGAGCAGGCGCGCCUGCGCUGCGCGCCCAUCAUGGAGCAGUUCAACUUCGGCUGGCCGGACUCGCUGGACUGCGCCCGGCUGCCCACGCGCAACGACCCGCACGCGCUCUGCAUGGAGGCGCCCGAGAACGCCACGGCCGGCCCCGCCGAGCCCCACAAGGGCCUAGGCAUGCUGCCCGUGGCGCCGCGGCCCGCGCGGCCCCCCGGCGACGCCAUCCUAGGCGCCGCCGGCGGCACCUGUGAGAACCCCGAGAAGUUCCAGUACGUGGAGAAGAGCCGCUCGUGCGCGCCGCGCUGCGGGCCGGGCGUCGAGGUGUUCUGGUCGCGGCGCGACAAGGACUUCGCGCUCGUCUGGAUGGCCGUGUGGUCGGCGCUGUGCUUCUUCUCCACUGCCUUCACCGUGCUCACCUUCUUGCUGGAACCUCACCGCUUCCAGUACCCGGAGCGCCCCAUCAUUUUCCUUUCCAUGUGCUACAACGUCUACUCGCUAGCCUUCCUCAUCCGGGCUGUGGCUGGGGCCCAGAGCGUGGCUUGUGACCAGGAGGCGGGUGCGCUCUACGUGAUCCAGGAGGGCCUGGAGAACACGGGCUGCACCCUCGUCUUCCUGCUGCUCUACUACUUCGGCAUGGCCAGCUCGCUGUGGUGGGUGGUGCUGACCCUCACCUGGUUCCUGGCGGCCGGCAAGAAGUGGGGCCACGAGGCCAUUGAGGCCCACGGCAGCUACUUCCACAUGGCAGCCUGGGGGCUGCCGGCUCUCAAGACCAUCGUUAUCCUGACUCUGCGCAAGGUGGCAGGGGAUGAGCUGACCGGGCUCUGUUACGUGGCCAGCAUGGAUGCGGGGGCACUCACGGGCUUCGUGCUGGUACCCCUCUCCUGCUACCUGGUGCUGGGCACGAGCUUCCUCCUGACCGGCUUUGUGGCCCUCUUCCACAUCCGCAAGAUCAUGAAGACAGGGGGCACCAAUACGGAGAAGCUGGAGAAGCUCAUGGUCAAGAUUGGGGUCUUCUCCAUCCUCUACACUGUGCCCGCCACCUGCGUCAUUGUGUGCUACGUCUAUGAACGCCUCAACAUGGACUUCUGGCGCUUGCGGGCCACAGAGCAGCCCUGCUCGGCAGCCACCACGCCCGGAGGCUGGAGGGACUGCUCGCUGCAAGGGGGCUCAGUGCCCACCGUGGCUGUCUUUAUGCUCAAAAUCUUCAUGUCGCUGGUGGUGGGCAUCACCAGCGGCGUCUGGGUAUGGAGCUCCAAGACUUUCCAGACCUGGCAGAGCCUGUGCCACCGCAAGAUGGCAGCUGGCCGGGCACGGGCAAAGACCUGCCGGGCCCCCGGGGGCUAUGGCCGUGGCACCCACUGCCACUAUAAGGCCCCCACCGUGGUCUUGCACAUGACUAAGACGGAUCCUUCUCUGGAGAACCCCACACACCUCUAGGGACACAGGCCUGCGUGGGGAGGCUGUUGCCCCCUCCUAGCCCCCCUCCGGAGGAGACAGCUGACUAGCAGCUGCCCAGCUGUCAAGGUCAGGCAAGUGAGUGCGAGGGGCCGAGGACCAGGGCGGGGAGACUCUCGUUCAACCCUCACUUGUCAGGACCCAGUGAGGCUCACUCCCCUGUCGCCUAGUGCAAGGGGGUGGGCCUGGCUGAGUCCCCCGCAGGGCCCUGGAGGUGGGGGCAUGUGGAGAG